AUGGCGUCUCAUCAGCGCUCCGCGUCCGGCAUGGAGACGACACGCGAGACGACAUAUUUUGAGCAGCAACGCGAGGCCCUCAUGGGCGAUAUCGCGACCAGCUUUGAGCAUGUCCUGGCCAACAUCAACAAGCUGAACCGCUCUCUCGAGGCCGUCAUCGCAGUUGGAAACGAGUUCUCGUCGGUCGAGGCCCUGUGGUCGCAGUUUGAGAAUGUCAUGGCCAAACCCGACGAGGCGGUCGCUGGCGGCAGCGGGAAGCAGCGGGGCGAGCAGGCGCAGGGCGAGCAGACGCGGGACGAAGGCAACAAGCACGAGACGGAAUCCUAA